AUGGCCACUGCAGCAGAAGACCCUCACUUGGGUGCAGGCCCCGAUGAGGAGGAUGAGUCUUCUUCAGGGUGGGACUCAGACAGCAUCCUGUCUGACGACUCUGUGCUGCCAGACUACACGCCGGAGACGUCUGAUGGACGAACGGCUGCCACGCUUUAUCAAGCAUGCGCCCGCAAUGACUCUGUCUCUUUACGGAGAGUUCUGGAGAGAGGCGUGACGAGAGAAGAGGUCAUGGACUUGGACAUCAAUAACUGGAAUGGCUUGAUGGUGGCUUGCUGCAAAGGAUUCAUAGACAUUGUUUACGGUCUUAACACUUGCCCCUAUAUAGACAUCAAUCAUCAGGACAAUGAAGGCAACACAGCAUUGAUGAUUGCAUCCCAAGCAGGUCACGUCAACACAGUCAUGUACCUCCUCAAUUAUUAUCCUGGAAUAGACACAGAAAUAAGGGACUGCCGUGGUUUCACAGCCCUCAUCAAAGCUGCAAUGACCGGACGCGAUGAUGUGGUUGCCGCGCUUGUAAUGGCAGGGGCUGACAUCCACGCCACAGACACCACGAAAGGUAAGGGCCUUCAAGACUGGGCGCUAAAAACAGGUCGCUAUGAGACUCUGCAACGUCUGCGCCGCCUCAAACUAAAGCCAAAAGCUGAGCAAUUUUGUGAAAGUUACAUCCCUGAGUGGCCGGAGCUUAAACAGAGGGUUGCAAAGGCCAUGGCGGAAAAAAGCACCCGGGAAAAAAUAACCCAUCACAUCAAAAGCACAUUUGGGUUCAGAUUUCCUCGUGACCCUGAGGACAAUGGUGUUUUGGACCACAUGGUGCGCAUGACCACCAGUAUCCGCAGUCCCCUCGUUUCCACCGGUUGUCGUCCACUCUGCCCAACCAGUCCGCCUGAGAUAGGCAAGAGGCGCCUGGCUGUGCCCGAGCUAAUGAAGAAACACUCUGAGAAAGAACUGGAGGAAAGUUCCGUGUGCCACAGCAACGGCUCCGUGUCACACAUCAUUCCCUCCAUCCAUUCAGCAGAGUCCAUCCCCUCAACCUGCUGCGCCAACACUGAGAGGAGGGGCAGCAUUCUCUCACUGGCCUCAACCAAGGUCGCCUCAAGGUUCAUCCCACGAAGUAUGGCCAGGCGGAACAGUGUGUUCCCCUCGGGAUGUAUCCCCCAGAUCAACAUCAACAGACCCACAGAGCCAACGCCAAAGAAACAAAAGAAAAAGAAGAAAGCGGAGAAAGGCUAUUUGGAACCACCCAUUUGGAGAUAUAAGGAAGCCAAGGAAGAGAGGAAGAAGGAGAAGAGGGAGAAAAAGGAGAAAGAGAAAACUGAGAAAAAAAGAGAACGGGACACCAAGACCAAAAAAUAA